AGCCCAGGAAGUGAGGUAAUAUGGUAUGGGCAAUAUAAGCCCUAUAUUUCAGCCCCUCAGUCACUUGCACUUUGGGAGAGAACAUAGGAGCACAUUUGAACUUAGAAAAUAAAAAGGCGAUGUUUCAUCUGGUGUGCCUAUCAGCCGUGCUGGCUCUCGCCCCUGUGCAGGUCAGUAAUCUAUUGUCAACUGAUGAUCCAGCGGUACAGAAAGAAAUUCUAAACCUGAUCAAUAACUGCAGAAAAAAUGUCGACCCACCUGCUUCCAACAUGGUGAAAACGACAUGGAGGAGCGAGGCUCAGCAGAAUGCUCAUAAAGUGGCUCAAUCAUAUAUAUUUGCACACAGUGAUCAGCCUAGGAGUAAGACGUCAAUAUUCCAUUGUUGGAAAACCGUGUGCAUGGUGUCAUACACGGUCACCUGUUCCGAAGCGAUUCCUGCCUUCUGUAAUGAAAAGAAGGCUUUUGUUUAUGAAAAAGGACCCACUGAAAUUCCAAUCCUUGCCCAUGGCCUGAUAAUUUAUCCACCUGCAGUCAGUUAAAGCCGUAUUGCACUCUUAUGGACCAAGUCAAAGAUGGAUGCCAAGCUUCAUGCAAUUGUAACAAUAAUGAAAUUAUAUAACGUCUAUGCAGGUGGACCUAAUAAGAAUGAAGACAUUUAGUGAACAAUAUUUUGUGUGCAGACAACCACUACAUUAUUCUAUUGUAUAUGUGCAAUAUCCUGUUAUUCAUUGCAAUAAAUCAGAUGCUACUGUAGCUUUCACUAGUGCACAGUAGUCUCAUCAGAACAAA